AUGGAACUUAAAGAAGUUUGUAUUCAGUUAGAUCAAUUACUUAUGGACUAUUUCAAAAAUCUAAAACAGCUGUAUGCAGAACGGUCUAUUUUAGAUCAGUAUAUGAAAGAUGGAUUUCUGAACCUGUCUCGGGCACGGUAUAAUAUGGGAGUUAAAGCUGUUGGUACUUCCCAAUUUAGUGAUUCUAUGGUGGCUUUGACUAAGGUCGACGUAAAUGACAAAGAACAGAAAUCUUCAGAGAUGUUUCAAGUGCAUUCAUUGAGAGCUCAAACCACCAAAAAGCUAGAGAACUCUUUAAGGAAUAGAAAACAGGGACCAGAAAAUAUCGAUGGUGUGGAAUCGGGCAAGUCUGAAGAUCCAGUUCCAGUUGAUCCAAUAAAAUGGUUUGGAGUCCUGGUGCCGCAAAAUUUACGUAAAAGUCAACAGGGUUUUAAAGAUGCUGUAACUAUUUCAGUCUCCAUAGCCAACUUACAACAGACUUUGUCUUCUCUUCAAUUAGAAUAUAGACAGUUGUUAAAAACUAAAUCUAAAUUAAUUAAAACAAAUGACGAAUAA